CUGACUGUCGCAAGGAUGGGGCCGGGGCGGCUGCUGCGCGCGUGCCGGCUGCUGCGGGCUCCGGGGCUGCGCCGGGGACCGGCCCCCAGGGCGCUCAGCUCGCGGGGGGACGGCCUCCUGCUGCGCCAGCUCUUCGAAGCCAACAGUUGCACGUACACGUAUCUGCUGGGGGACCGGAGCUCCGGGGAGGCUGUGCUGAUCGACCCCGUGCUGGAGACGGCCGCCAGGGAUGCUCGCCUCGUCCGGGAGCUCGGCCUGCACCUCCGCUACGCAGUCAACACGCACUGCCAUGCGGACCAUGUCACGGGCACCGGGCUCCUCCGGUCCAUGAUUCCAGGUUGCAAAUCGGUCAUCUCCCGCCUCAGCGGGGCCAAAGCCGACCUGUUCCUGGAGGACGGGGACAUCCUCACCUUUGGGCGAUUUGCCCUGGAGGCCCGGGCCAGCCCGGGCCACACGGACGGCUGCCUGACUUUUGUCCUGAGUGACCACAGCGUAGCCUUCACGGGGGACGCCCUGCUUAUCCGAGGAUGCGGCCGCACCGACUUCCAGCAAGGCUGUGCUAAGACCUUGUACCAUUCAGUCCACGAGAAGAUCUUCACCCUUCCCGGGGACUGCCUGGUUUACCCAGCCCAUGACUACCAAGGGCACACAGUAUCUACGGUGGAGGAGGAGCGGACCCUCAACCCUCGCCUGACACUCAGCUGCGAGGACUUCGUCAAGGUCAUGAACAACCUCAACCUGCCCAAGCCCAAGCAGAUCGAUGUCGCCGUCCCCGCCAACAUGCGCUGCGGCGUUCAGGAGGUCCCCAGCUGACUUCUCUCCGGGCAGCCCACAACUCAGCACCUCCGUUCUUGGGACGGGGCUCUGACAGGAGGAGCCCCAUCCCCCUCUGGAUUCCGUUAAUAAACGUUUUUGCCUAA